UGCUGUUGUAAAGGGUUCAGCACGUCUGUCGAGUGUCGUCUCCGGUCUCUCUUGACAACGGCGGUGGCGAGUGUUGACUGGUGGGGUGGACUGCGGCAAACGGGACCACAACACCGUGCACCGAGAUCCUUGUUAGGAGCUGUGUCACAAAUUUGGCGUCACACACUAAGGGCACACAAACUCCACAUGGCUACUCAGCAAGGCAGCCACAACUACUACCAACUAACGCCUGGAAAACUUGGAUGUGAAGUUCGGAACUUUGACCUGAAGAAGGACGUACCUGCAGAAGUUAUUGCAGCCAUUAAGGAGGAUGUAACCAAACAUAGGAUUCUGAUUUUCAAGGACCAAGGUAUUAUCAGUGGAGACCGACAUGUAGAAAUUGCAAGAUGGUUUGAGGAGCCAGACUCAACCUUUUAUAAACACCCACGAUCUCCGCAUCCUGAUGUAUUCCGGGUCUCUAAUGACCGCACAGAGGGCUGCACAAAUGUGGGACGAACAGGCUGGCACAUUGAUGGCAGUUUUCAGCACGCUCCCUUUGGUUAUGCAUUGUAUCAUAUGGUCAGCGUUCCUAAGAGUGGCCCAACUGUGUUUUGUCCACUGACUGAACUCAUAGAACAGCUUCCUCUUGAGCAACGAGUGCGGUGGGAACGUCUCUACAUGAUAAGUGACCGUCGAUCGGGUCCCAUUCAUCCCUUGAUAUACUCACAUCCACUCACCAAAAAGAAGGUGUUGUGUUUUCAUUUGGGCAUGACUGAGUCUUUUGUGUGGGACUACAAUACUCCCCAGCAGAGACUCACAAAAGAUGAAGAGACUUACUCAAUCCUCCAAGAAAUUCAUAAGGAGAUUGUCAAGAAUAAAGACACCCUUCAGUAUAGGCAUGAGUGGAGUGUGGGAGACUUCAUCAUAUCUGAUAAUCUGUCUGUAGCACAUGAGGCUGCCCCAGAAACUCAGCUGUCCCGCAAGGAAGUGGGACUCAGGGUGCUGCACAGAGUCACCACCAAGGGACAAUCACCACCAGUAAAACUUUAUGAUUAUAAAAAGGAACUUGGUGUGAAGUAGGCAUUCACCUUAUGAACAGAUACACAUCUUGGAAUUUGUCAGAGAAUGUAAGAUAUUCAGGUGAGAAAAAUACUAUUUGAUGAAGGAGUGAGGGUGGCAAGGAGCUUGUUCACUAUUAUUACACUUCUACAAGCAGAUAUGUGUGGGAUAACAGAAGCACAGCUGAGAUACUACUCAAGUGUGUAAUACCAUGGAACCAAGUCAGCAGGUAGCAAUCUAUCAUAUUGACAGUUCUAAUACAAUACAAAAAUGUUUUAAUAGAAAUUUUUAAUUCCAGAUAACAUGCAAAUAAAGUUGUCAGAUAGCUGGACAUCUUGUUCACAUUCAUUCUUAUUAGGUCACAUUCCAGCUGGCCAGACUGUAUGUAUUCAGACAAUGCAUUAAACUCAUUCCCCCUGUCUGGCCAAUUUUAUCCAUGCAUUAUGGCACCAUCCAAGAGAAAGAUGCUUUUUUAUUUGCAGAAAUUGGAGAUGAUAAAGAACAAGGUGUCAGUGUUGUAGCCAGUGGCAUAGUGAGAGAUAAAUUUACAUGGGGCGAAACAUGAAAAUGCCGCCCCUGAAAGUAAUUAAAAUGUGAGAUUAGGUAUACACUUUUUUAUCAUGUAUACAUAUAUAAACUAAAUCAAUAUUUUGCAGGCCUUCAAUUUUGUAAAGUAUAAGAUAACUGUCUGAACAUCACUAUUCUCAGUAGUGUCGCUUGUGCUGGGCCCCCUGAGAAAUGUGCCACCAUGGACUUUCACCCUGCUCACCCCCCUAUCAUAAUGCCAUUGCUUGUAGCUCAAUUUAAAAGGUGUACAAGAGAGGAGGCAAACUUUUUUGUACAUUCAUGACUACUAGAAACUCAUGAACUCUACCACUCAAUAUUCUCUUUACAGCUUGAGAGACUAAAGCUUCUAGGAACAGUAUCAUAGUGGAAGCACAAAACAAGCAUUUAGUGGAAACAGUUUGCCAAAGUGAUUGUCAAGUGUUCUUACAUGCUUCUCUACUGCAUCCGUCUUAUUCAUGAAAGUUUCUAUAUGCAAUGACACUAACUAUUAUCAGUGCUUAUAAUAUUUCUAAAUAAUAUAUGCAAAUACUUGCCUCCCAGCACUCUUGUAGACAAAUACUGUUGCUGCUGUUAACAUUGUCAGUUGCAGUUGUGAGAGCAAACUUAAUAAGCAUGAUCUCUUAUGUAUAUAUAUAUAUAUAUAUAUAUAUAUAUAUAUAUAUAUAUAUAGAGAGAGAGAGAGAGAGAGAGAGAGAGAGAGAGAGAGAGAGAGAGAGAGAGAGAGAGAGAGAGAGAGAGAGAGAGAGAUUAUCAAGUAGGAGUGAGUGAGUGAUUUAGGUUAGGGGCCACAACAGUCAUGUGGCACUGCAGUGAAAGUCAUCAUUAGGACACGAGUUCAUAAGUCAUUCUUCAUUUAGUUAAUUUAAUUACUGGUACGUACUCACAUGCCCUAGUCUUACUAAAAGACAUAUUGCCUAACUUGCAAUAAGAUUAAUAUAUCACUUCAUCUGUAUAGAAUAUAUUGCAAUAAGACUCAUUUUAUCCAUAUAGAAUAUAGUAUAUAGUAUCCUAUUUUUUCUUCUUAAAACAUAGUGUAAGGUUUUUGGAAAUGCUGUCAUCCAUCACUAUUUUCUACCGUAUGAUGCACUGAACAAUUGUGUAUUGGUAGUAAAAGGUUUGUUUUACUUGAUGACCGCCAUGUGACAGUAACUGCAGCUAAUUAUUGAUGUCGAACUUCUGCAACUCAUCUGUGUUUUGAGUAAUAUUUACUGUGACACUCUUACACAAAUCAAUGUGUUUUUAUGACAUACAGUAUACAUGUGAUUUAUUGGAAGCUGUGAUAAGGUUUUAUGUUUUUGUUUUUGGAAAUGUAUGCGUGGUAUUGUACUGAGGAAUUGAAUAUAUUUUAUUGCUUAA